AUGUCUUUGAAACGUAUCACAAAGGAACUCAACGACUUGGGAAGAGACCCUCCCACUUCAUGUUCCGCUGGACCUGUGGGUGACGACUUGUACCACUGGCAGGCUUCCAUUAUGGGACCACCAGACUCUCCCUAUGCCGGAGGUGUCUUUUUCCUGUCGAUACAUUUCCCAACAGAUUACCCAUUCAAACCACCCAAGAUCUCGUUCACAACCAAGAUAUACCACCCCAACAUCAACGCCAACGGUAACAUCUGUCUGGACAUUUUGAAGGACCAGUGGUCGCCUGCGUUGACUAUUUCCAAAGUUCUGCUUUCGAUCUGCUCGUUGCUAACAGAUGCCAACCCUGACGAUCCUUUGGUGCCUGAAAUCGCUCACAUCUACAAGACCGAUAGAUCCAAAUACGAGGCUACCGCCAAGGAGUGGACUAAGAAGUAUGCAGUUUGA